AUGUUGCAAGGGUCACUCCCAGUUCCUCCACCAUCAACCUUUGACUAUUCAGUCUCUGUAAAUAAACUGUCUGGACAAAUUCCACCUUUGAUCUGCAACAUGAGUUCCCUCAGUUUGCUUGAUUUGUCUGGUAACAGCUUAAGUGGCAGGAUACCCCAAUGCUUGACCAACCUUAGCUCUUCCUCGUCUAUACUCAAUCUCAGAGGCAACCGCUUGCAUGGCUCCAUUCCUCAAACAUGCACCGAAACAAGCAAUUUGAGGAUGAUUGACUUAAGUGAGAAUCAACUACAAGGGAAAAUACCGGGAUCAUUGGCCAAUUGCAUGAUGCUUGAGGAGCUUGUUCUCGGAACCAAUCUGAUCAAUGAUAUUUUCCCUUUCUCGUUGGGCUCUCUUCCGAGGUUACAGGUUCUCAUUUUGAGAUCCAACCUAUUUCAUGGUGCAAUAGGGAGACCCAAAACCAAUUUUCAGUUUUCCAAGCUGCGCAUCAUUGACCUCUCUUACAAUGGUUUUACAGGUAAUAUGCCUUCAGAAUACUUCCAAAAUUGGGAUGCCAUGAAAAUUGUGGAUGCAGAUAAUUUGACCUAUAUCCAAGCAGAUCUGGAAUUUGAAGUCCCACAAUAUUCAUGGAAAGACCCUUACUCGAUCUCAAUGACAAUGAUGAACAAGGGCAUGACAAGGGAAUAUAAGAAGAUCCCUGACAUCUUAACAAUCAUUGAUCUUUCAAGCAACAAAUUCUAUGGAGAGAUUCCUGAAUCCAUUGGGAAUCCCAAGGGGCUUCAAGCACUUAAUCUUUCCAAUAAUGCUCUUACAGGCCCCAUCCCUGCCUCCUUAGCAAACUUGACCCUGCUGGAGGCCUUGGACCUUUCUCAGAACAAGCUAUCAAGAGAGAUACCUCAGCAGCUAGUGCAGCUCACUUUCCUUGAAUUCUUCAAUGUGUCUCAUAAUCAUCUCACAGGGCCUAUACCACAAGGAAAACAAUUUGCAACAUUUCCAAAUACUUCAUUUGAUGGGAACCUAGGAUUGUGUGGAAGUCCUUUGUCAAGGGCAUGUGGAAAUUCUGAGGCUUCACCACCAGCUCCAUCAAUCCCUCAACAAAGUUCAGCAAGUGAAUUUGAUUGGAAAAUUGUAUUAAUGGGAUACGGAAGUGGGCUAAUAAUUGGAGUUUCUGUUGGGUACAUCUUGACCUCAUGGAAACAUGAGUGGUUUGUGGAAACCUUCGGAAGGAGGCAACCAAAAUGGAGAAGGAAGGCAAAAAGAGGGCAUAGAGGCUGA